AUGAACUCGAUUUAUUUCCUGCCCUGCGUCCUUCUACUUGCCCAUCUCUUUCACGUUCGGGCUUACCAGCUACGCUCGGCGGAAGAUCUAUCUUGUGCUUCAAGCAAGAGUUUUCUAGCGAGACAACACACCGGGUUCACCGUCCAGAAGAAAUCCACGGAACAACAAAGGUGCAUCGAGCUCGACAGGAGUGAAAAGCCUGAAACUGAAAGCCAAAGUGGACCCAGUGCAAGGUUUCCUGAGCAUGAUGAUACUGAUACCGUCUCCACCCAAGCGUACCUACAGGGUGUGACAGACGACUUGGGGGGGGAAAUAGCCAUGCCCGAAUCCAUUAAGAAUUCUCAAUCCGUGAAUCGUAGUCUCGCCCUGCGUGAAGCGUUCAACUACGGACAGAGCCGGUCGAAGAUUGUUAAACACAUAGGGAAAGUGAUGGAACAGAUUGCUUCGAAGAACGACCCAUACUUAGGCGAACCCGAUCUACUCAAGGUUGCAUUCUGUGCCAAAGCACUUGCCGAUGUUACAAAGACCGCAAAUGUCGCCCCAAAAGAACAGCCAUUUAGCGAUGAAAUCCAGCAGCUAAUUAUCAAAUGGUGGGAUAAACACGGAAUGGAAAAAAUUAAAGACGAGAGAGUCCGAGACCUCAUGAACAUUUUACUGCACAUGUGGGCAGAGCGAGCCCAAAAAAUCGAAGAUUUAAAGAAACAAUGA